UUCCUUUCUUGCGGGCGGCUGAGCUCUCGCGAGAACCGGGAGAGCCCCAAUGAGGGAGCGGGGAGGACCGGGCGGAGGCGCUGAGGGGCCCGCCGGUUGUCUCUCUCCCUCCCUCGGUGCCUCGCGGUCUUUGAGGGCAGGGCCCCGCGCCCCCCUCGGCUCUUCUUCUGCCCUCCCCACCCUCCUCCCGGGGCAUCCUUCUUCGGGAGAGGAACAUGGAGGCGGCCCGGGCAGGACACCUGUUCCAGCACUUAAUUGAAACACUGAGCGACAAUGCAGACAAAAAGUUCUACAACAUUGCUAAACUAGGAGGCACCAAAUAUGAUCUCCUGCCUUACACCAUACGGGUCAUGUUGGAAACGGCCGUCCGCAACUGCAAUGGUUUCCUAGUGAAAGAAGGAGACGUGAUGAAUAUCCUGGACUGGCAAGCCAAACAGAACAAUGUUGAAGUGCCCUUUUGUCCUGCCAGAGUCCUCCUCCAAGAUUUCACUGGAAUUCCUGCAAUGGUGGACUUUGCUGCCAUGAGGGAAGCAGUGAAGAACCUCGGAGGAGAUCCCACCCGAGUCCAUCCUGUCUGCCCAACAGAUCUUACGGUGGACCAUUCUUUGCAGAUUGACUUCAGCAAAUGUGCAAUACAGAACGCUCCGAAUCCUGGAGGCGGUGAUCCCCCACGACCCCCUUCCUCAAAACUCUCCCCGCUUAAAGCUCCUCGGAAGCUCCCAUGCCGAGACCAGUCCAGCUGCAAAGGACCGUGUGAUGGACAGUCAAAACGGAACCCGGGCCAGUUUUCUGUGCAGAUCGAGAACACCCCCCUCUUGUGUCCUUUUCAUCUUCAACCAGUGCCUGAGCCUGAAACAGUAUUUAAGAAUCAAGAGAUGGAAUUUGGAAGAAACAAAGAGAGACUCCAAUUUUUUAAGUGGGGUUCCAAAGUUUUCAGAAAUGUCUCGGUAAUUCCUCCCGGGACAGGGAUGGCCCAUCAGAUGAAUCUGGAACGCCUGUCAAGAGUAGUAUUUGAUGUCAAAGACUUCCUUUAUCCUGACAGUGUUAUUGGCACAGAUUCUCAUACAACCAUGGUGAACGGCUUGGGAAUCCUGGGAUGGGGGAUGGGUGGAAUUGAAACAGAAGCGGUCAUGCUGGGUCUUCCCGUCACCCUCACUUUGCCCAAAGUGGUUGGGUGUGAACUGACUGGGUCGGCCAGCUCACUUGCUACAUCCAUCGACGUAGUCCUGAGCAUUACAAAGCAACUAAGACAAGCAGGGGUGUCUGGAAAAUUUGUGGAAUUCUUUGGCCCCGGCGUUUCCCAGCUCUCCGUCGGGGACCGAACCACCAUCGCAAACAUGUGCCCUGAAUAUGGUGCAAUUCUCAGCUUUUUCCCCGUAGAUGAUGUAACAUUAAAGCACUUAAAGCAUACAGGCUUUGAUGACACCAAACUCAAGUCCAUGGAGACGUAUCUUAAAACUGUGAAACUGUUUAGGAAUUACCAAUAUUCUGCUAAGGAACCUGAAUAUUCCCAGAUAAUACAUAUCAACCUGGCUUCUAUAACGCCGUAUGUAAGUGGUCCCAAAAGGGCCCAGGAUAGAGUGGCUGUAACGAACAUGAAGAGCGACUUUCAAGCAUGCUUAAGUGAAAAGGUUGGCUUCAGAGGCUUUCAGAUCCCCGCCGAAAAGCAGGGCAGGGUCAUUCCUGUUGAAUAUGAAGGAAAUGAAUACACGUUGGCUCACGGAUCGGUCGUCAUUGCUGCCGUCAUUAGCUGCACCAACAACUGCAAUCCCUCCGCAAUGCUAGGAGCAGGUUUAUUGGCUAAAAGAGCCACUGAAGCUGGUCUGGCUGUUAAACCUUACAUACGAACCAGCCUGUCGCCGGGGAGUGGAAUGGUCACCCAUUAUCUCAGUUCCAGCGGUGUAUUACCAUACCUCAAUAAACUUGGGUUUGAGGUCAUUGGCUAUGGCUGUUCCACCUGUGUGGGGAACACUGCCCCUUUGCCAGAAGCCAUUCAGAAUGCAAUUGUACAGGGUGACUUGGUGGCAUGUGGCGUUGUGUCUGGAAGCAAAAACUUUGAAGGUCGCCUUUGCACCUGUAUCCGCGCCAAUUACCUGGCUUCUCCAUCCCUGGUUGUUGCUUACGCGAUCGCGGGAACUGUGAAUAUUGAUUUCCAGACUGAGCCACUGGGGGUGAAUCCUGAGGGCAGAAAUAUCUUCCUGCGUGAUAUUUGGCCUUCUCGGGAAGAGCUUCAGCAGAUAGAAGAGGAGUUUGUGAUAGUGUCCAUGUUUAAAGAACUGAAAAUAAAAUUGGAGAAAGGAAAUAAGCGUUGGAACUCCCUGGAAGCCCCUGAGUCCACUCUGUUUACCUGGGAUUCAAAGUCUACCUAUAUCCGAUGCCCUUCCUUUUUUGAUAAGCUGGCCAAAGAGCUGCCGCCUCUCCAGGCCGUUGAAAAUGCUCACGUCUUGUUGCACUUGGGCGACGCUGUCACCACCGAUCACAUCUCCCCCGCUGGAAGCAUUGCCAGGGGGAGCGCCGCUGCGAGAUACUUGAUGACUAAAGGCCUCACACCCCGUGAAUUCAACUCGUAUGGUGCUCGUCGGGGGAACGACUCUGUGAUGACAAGAGGCACCUUUGCCAAUAUCAAGCUUUUAAAUAAAUUCAUUGGCAAGCCAGCUCCUAAAACAAUCCACUUCCCAACAGGACAGACGCUGGAUGUGUUUGACGCCGCUGAGUUAUAUCGGAAAGAAAACAUCCCUCUGAUUAUCUUAGCCGGCAAGAAAUACGGAUUGGGCAGCUCAAGAGACUGGGCCGCCAAAGGACCUUUUUUACUGGGAGUGAAAGCCGUGAUUGCAGAAAGCUACGAGAAGAUGCACAAAGGUCACUUGAUCGGCAUGGGCAUCGCACCCCUUCAGUUCUUCCCGGGGGAGAGCGCACAGUCUUUGGGCCUGACUGGCAAAGAGCAGUUUUCUAUCUUCUUCCCUCAAGAGGUAUCGCCUGGAAUCGCCCUCUGUGUAAAGACGAGUACUGGCAAAGCAUUCCAGGUGACUGCCUCGUUUGACAGUGAUGUGGAAAUCACCUUGUACAAACACGGCGGCAUGCUGAACUACAUGGUCCGAAGGCUGUUGUAAAGCUGUUGUAAAGCCCUGUUCCCACCUCGGAGGACUGCCAACUCAGCCAGCCUCUUGAGGCCUCAGCCCGGGCCUUCCUUUCCCACUGGAACAGCUGACAAGCCCCAUUGUGCUCAGAUAACUUUGUUCAUGGAUGUAAAAGAUUGUGAAAUUGUUGUAGUGGCCGCAGCGAGGUCCUCCUGGAUUUUAAAAUACUCCGAAUGGUGCUAUUGACGUUGUUAGACAUUGACGUUUGUGUGUGUUGUGAAAAAAGAACUGUAAGUAUGAGGGGAGGGGAGGGUUAAUCUUAGACCAUUUUGUAUAUAAAUUAUGUGAAAAACCUGAAACUGAAUUGUGAAGAUUUUAAGCCAGAUUCCUUGCAGUUCUUUUCUCCCUUGAUUUUUUUUUCUUUGCACCUUUUACCUUCCUACUGCGGUUUCUUGGUUUGAGCAUAGCACAUGGUGUAAUGAUGUAUGAUUCCCUUGUUUUAAAAUUAGGAGGAUCCAUAGUUCUGAAAAUGAACCAAAACACCCACCACCCUUAGAUCCAAUUUAUGGUAUCAGCCACCCACUAGAAAGUUUAAGGAAAACUGGCAUAGUAUGGGUUGUUUUUUUUUUGUUUUUUAACCAGCCUUCCCCUGUUUCAAGGGUGGGCAACUCUGGCUACUUUAUUCCUAUGGCUCAGGAAUUCUGGGAGUUGAAGCCCACUGGUCAUAACAUUGUCAUUGUUGCCCCACCUCUGCUCUAUUUGGUGCCUUCCAGAAAAGGGGGGACUGUUCGCAGCGGCCUCAUCAGGUGGACAUUUCUGGGAAUUGGCCCAGACACUGAAGGGGAUGGUCUCCGAGCAAAAAUCUUGCUCUGUGAAAAAUUCCAAAACUGAAAUUCAAUUGGAGGAAAUGCUGUUUUCCAAAUAGAAGCUGCAGUGACUUCUCUGGCCUCGUAGCAAUCCUUCUGAGGAAUGGCUAUCAUGGAAUUUAAUUGGAUUUAUUUUGUCUCUCGCUUAAAUAACAUCGGCUUUCUUUUCUCAACUGGCUUUGGCUGUUAACAACUAUUGAGAAUGUUGUCUGCUCCUUAAAAGAACAGAGAAGAAUUCCUGUUUCUUCUCUUCCGUUUGUGCAGUGAACAAAACCUGUUGGGUUUAUAAAGUGAGUUGUCUCCGAGUUUUCUUCCAAUCAUUCUGCUCCUUCCCAAAUUCUGAGCAGCAAAGAAUUUCUUAAGUCCCCAGAUGUUUACGGUAAUUUUUGGUUUAUUAUUAACGGGAAUUUCUGUAGCGGAAAUAUCCUGAGCUCAUUUAAAAAGUCUCUUCCGCUUAAGAUGUUUAUAGACCUGGGUUUUUUAUUAAACCAAACAGACCCCAUGUAAUAGAAUAAGUACUUCUACUAAAUUCUGUGUCACUAAAAGUAUAUAUCCUGACGUUCUGAAAGACAAUUUAAUUUUCACACUUACUAGAUUAUUUUUUUUAAGGCCAAAUGAUUAGAAAUAUGGAUUACAGAGGCAGCAAUAAAAAUCUGGAACAUUUGUGUUCGGUCCCUUUGAACUUAGGUAUUUUUCCAACAAGCUCCUUAAUCUACAAUCAGAGACAUUUUUUCUUGAGUCCAUAUUUUUUUUUCUACCAUAUCAGCUGUGCUUAUACCUUAUAGUUUUACCAUUGGUAUCUUUCCUUUGUUAUUGAAUUAUUAUUUUUUCGGAUUUGAAUGAAAUGCUUGAAGUUCUGUCUUGAUGAUCACAAAGGGCAAAAGAUAACGAUAUCUCACUUUUGGUACCUAAAUUAUUAUUAUUAUUAUUUUAACUUCCAGGCAUCUUCCUUAUUGCUAGGUUCCAGGCACUGUUUUUCUCUCCUCCCAAGUAAAAUUGCAUGCCCUAAAGAAAACCAGGGUGCCUUAUAGACACACCCCACGGUCCUCUAACCAUGCUGGCUGGGGAAUUCUAGAAGUCCACAAGUCUGAAAGUUGCCAAGUUUGGAGACCCCUGCUUUAGCCAAAAAACCAAAAUCAACCCUCCUAAUUUGGGAUAUUUUGUUUUUCAAAACUUGUAAUUGACAUUGCUGACCCUUUUAGUAAUCUGACAGUCGCGUGAAGUCAAACAUCAUCUGUGAAUGGUCUCCGUCUAUCUGUAGGUGCUGAUCUCUGACAUUCUUUCAAAUGGGUGGGUUCAAAUGACCAGCUUCCCCCAGCCCAGCCCAGCCCAUCUCAGAUUAUUGUUUUUGUUGCAUAUGUAUGAUCCCACCUGUCUGAUGAUUCUGGCCUACAGAUGUUAGAAGAUCCGUCCAACUGCAGUUCUCCAAAUGUCACGUCCAAAUUAUGAUCCAUAUUUUAGGUCAAACUUGGGGGUGGGCAACUAUGGGGACUUCACGAGUUGUGGACUUCAACGCCCAGAAUUCCUGAGCCAGCCUGUGGACUUCAACUCCCAGGCUGGCUCAGGAAUCCUGGGAGUUGAAGUCCAUAGGUCAUAAAGUAGCCAUAGUUGCCCAUCCUUGGUCAAACUCAUUGACACGGCUUGGCUUUUUCCUCUUAAAUUCAAAAGAUAAUAUUUUGGAGGUUGCAACCCUAUCCUUUUUUUUUUUUAAAAAAAAAAACAACUUCAAUUUCCUAUGAACAUCUGGGAAGAACUGACUAUAAAUAGAUUGAAUGGGAGAGGGACAUAAUGUGUGAACCAGCAAAGAGCUUGGCAGAGAGUCCUCAUAACCCUCCUGACUGACAUUGGUACGUUGUCAUUGAAUUAAAAAGCUGAAAGCCCUGAGCUGACCAAAUCUCGAAAGAUUUCAGACAGCUUUAGAAGAAAGGGGUUUUUGAAAACACUAGUCCUCACCUCUGGAGGACCUUAAAAACCUCUUGAACGAUAUCGCAAAUCUGCAGGCUUACAUGGAUUAAUUCCCUUUCUAAACCGAUAAAAGCAUAAUGAUUUAGACACUGUGAUAGGAGACCUGUGCAGUGCCAUUAAUUGGAAGCAAAACCACCGAAUUCUUUUCAAGUUGGCAGCGCACAAUGCAUUUUAAUCAGAAGGCACUGGGCGUUCCAUAACCUACCAUAAUCCUGGGCUGUCGUGAGGCAAAAAAAAA